GAAAAGUUCUUGUGUUCCUGUCGGAAAGCGAAGUCACGGUCUUGGCAGUGCGUGGCACAGGAGAACCAGGCCUCUCUUCUCUCCUCGGUGCCUCCGGGCAGCAGCAGCAGCAGCAGCAGCAGCGCCGUCCCCUCCGCCCCCGCCACGCCAAGGAGGAGGAUAUAAGGGGCGCCGCCCGCGCGGGAGCUGCCCAGCCGCAUCUCCAUCCUCAUCCCCAUCCUCAUCCGGAGCCGCAUCCCGAUCCCGAGUCCCGGCAGCAUGCGGGCGGGCCGCACCCGGACGGGGCCCCCGCGGGCGGCGCUGCUGCUGCUCUGCCUCCUGGCGCUGGCGGUGCUGCCCGGUCCUCCGGCCGCCGCCGAGGCGUGGUACAAGCAGGCCGCCGGACCCAGCUACUACUCGGUCGGCAGGGCUUCGGGGCUGCUCUCGGGGCUCCGGCGCUCGCCCUACAGCCGCCGCGCCGACGACAACGAGCAGCCGCAGCAGCCGCAAGGCGGUGGGAGCAGCAGCAGCAGCAGCUCCGAAAACGGCGUCGUCCCAGGACUCCCUCCAGCCGCCGCCUCCUCUUUCUGGGCAACUGAGCCGCGCCUGAGCCCCGGCGGACUGAGGAACAUGGCGGUGUGCGUGAAAGAGGUGUCCCCGGAGCUGCGGAGCUGCCAGCUGCUGCCAGGCUUGCCCAGCGUGGUCCAGUGCCAGGCCGACGUCACCGUCUCGCUGGACCCCGCCGACUGCAGCCCCGUCCCCUGAAGACCCGCCGCGGGAGGAGACGAGGCCAGGCGCCCCCUGGAAGAAGCCAAGCCCUCGGGGAGCCACGGGAGGAAGGCCUGCCCCCCGACGCCCUCACAGACAAGAAAUAAACGCGCUUGAAACGGC